AUGUUUAUUUUCACUUGGAGACACGCUUGGUAACGCCUCGACAUCCGAGAAAUUUGUCUAUUUUUUGUGUUUUAAAGUCGAAGCUUUAAUUUCACUACUCAUGAAUACACAUUAAAACAUGUUAAACGUUACUGAAAGCGUUAAUGGAAAAUUCAAUAUCGUCCUAACCGAUGGAUAUAAGAGUCAGCUGCAUGACAGAGGAAAGGUAAAAACUAAAAGUGGUUCAGUGAAUGAAAAUGCAGCUGGUAGUAAAAGUUCAAAACCAAAAUUAAAACAGCAAAUUACAAAAGGAAAGUCAAAGCGGAGGGAAGAACGUUCUAAUGAUGGUAAAGUGACUAAACCAUCAAGAUUGGCUGCAAAAUUUAAUGGAAAGACCACACAAGCGCAGGAAAUUUCUGGUGAUGGUUCUGAAACAGCUGAUAAAACUACUGCAUAUGUAACAAAAGAUGAUUUGGCAAAAUUAUUGGAAUCUUUGACUGGAAAGAAAAUAGAGAGUGAUGCAUCUGUAACAAGAAUGGGUGAAGUACAACAACAGUCAAUGCCAGAUGAAAAGAAGAUACCUCAAUCGAGAAACACAAAUGAUGAUCAUAUUAAAAGUGAGGAAGCUCUUACCAAUGAAAAUAUCCAGGCAUCUGGAAAGCCUUUCAAUGAACAGGAGAAUAUUGAAGCGGUUGCAUUAAGCCAAAGUGAUCCUGAACAAAAUGUCGCAUCUACUGUUGUGACAGAAACUUUAAAACCUACUGCAAUGAGAAGUUCCUUUGCUAUCGGGGCACCCGGAUUAGUAACCAACAAUCCGCACGAUGAUAAAGCUGACAAGCACAGGCAAUGGGUUAGGGGACUGGAGCAACAAAUUCAAGAAAAGAAAGAAAGAGAAAUGCAGUUUAAAAGAAAUCAAUCUGUUGGUGUUUCACUUCAGAUGGAAAGGAAAAGUGAAGGGGUUUCCCUAAAUAAACCGACUAACCAGAAUAAUCCAGUGGGAAGUGCAAUUAGCACGAUCUCGCAACAAGAAACUGACAGGUCCAGUACUGGGCAUGCCCGAGGCCGUGCAUUGAUGAAUAUGCUUUCAGACAAUGAGACUGAUAAACAAAGGAAGAAAAUAUUUGAACAUCAGAAAGCGAUUGAACUGCAGGUAGAAGACCGUAGGAGACAAAAAAUGGAGGAACGAGAACGGCGUCUGAGAGAAGAAGCAAUAGAGGAUGAACGAGUUGCAAAGGAAAGAGAAAAAUUGCAAAAACAAUUUGAAGAAGAGAUGAUUAAAAUGAAGGAAAAAGAGGAGCAAGCGAAACGAAGAGCUCAUGUUUUACAAGAAGGAAUUUCCAAAGCUUUCGAGUCAGCUCAGCAGUUAAAACGUGAUAAAAGAAAGAAUCGCAUGCUGGAAUCUACCACAAAAGGCGCAGGGAAUGUACAAGAAAGUCACGAGGAUGACCGCAUAAAUGGAACAACAAUUCGAGAACAAGUCAUAUUGCCUGACAAUGCUCUUAGACGUCACCCUGUGGUUCCUCCUCUGAACUUGAGAACCUCAAUCUCUCCAGUUGACAAACCUGAUAAGUCAAAUGAAAGAAGUCUUUCUGAUUUUACAAUGAAUGUGAAGCGGCAUUCCUUGUGUUUACCAGAUACACAUGAAAAAACAUCAUAUGCAGAAGAAGAAACAGACAAAGACAAGUCUGGGACAUUGAUGAAUAAAUGGGUUGAUGAAGAUUUUGGCAGUUGUACAACAAACAGAGAGAUGAAUUAUGAUGGAGAUUUUAGAGCACGUUCUUCUAGCGAAUUUAUAGUGCCAUUUCAUAGAACUGCGAGUGCUACAUUGUUUAGGGAAAGUUUAAUCUUGCGGGAAGCUCCUGAAAGAGGAAGUAUUAAUAAAAUAGCAGAGACUAAUAGUAAUUUAACAGACCGUAAGAUUGUUAAAAAAGGUCGUUCAGUUCCUGAAGUACAUCCGACAAGAACUUCACGAUUACGAGAAAAAAGGACAGAUAACAAAAACGCUUCGCUCACAAGUCGGCGAAAAAAACGUGAAGCAGAAAGACCUCAACAAAUUAUUCAAAAGCCUAAGUCACAGAUAAAAUCACAAAACACGUCUGAUGAUUUAGUUACGAACAAAUAUAAAAAUGCUGCAUCAAUUAGUGAAGACGAUCAAAUGACAAAUAUUCCUAGCCAUCUUUUAGCGACUUUCACUCCCACUGCUCACCAAGAAAAGAUAUUGGAGCAGCUUGCAGCCCUACGAAAGGGACUUCUCAUGAAAGAUCAAGAAAUAAAAACUAAAGUAUUUCAAAUUGAAUAUGAAAUCCAAGCAUAGAAGUAGCCUGACAGUUGUAUGAGCCUGGAUUUCCACUUGCAGAAAAAUGGUUCGCUAUAGCGAAAUAUUUGCACUGCCACAUUUGCUUUUAAGUUGAACUAUUUAUUUAUGCAAUUACAAGUAAAAUGCAAAGGAAAAUUUGCAAAUAUUUCGUUACAUAUAAACGAACCAUUCUUCUGCAAGUGGAAGUCCAGCCUAAUAUUUACUGCAGGAAUGUACAGGGUGUAUCAAGAAAAUGGUAGCCUAAUUUCAGCAUGCUGUUGUGUGUAAAUUACUUUAUAAACAAGUGUAAGUUUUAGAUAUUAUGCCAGAUCAGGCUUUUCCGUUCGACUAAUCAAGUAAUUUUCUGCACACGCGCGCUUAAAUUAGGUUACCAUUUUUUCACACACCCUGCAUGUAUUAGUUUUGUACAUAUCUAUGUAUCGAAUAUAUACUCGCCGAUAAAUUGAUAAUCUGUUAUAGAGCAGUAGGUUUCUGAAGAGCUAGCUGUCAUAGUAUACCUGACGAUUUUCUAUUCAAGAUGUUUUUAAUAUUUUCCUGAAUAAUAAAAUCGUGUAUAUAAUGU